CUGACGCUGCCUGUGCGCCUACCACAACCUCUGCUCCAGGUACCAUGAAGGCGCCCGCAGCUGGCCUCGCUGUCAUCCUCGCCGCUGCUGCCCUCUGCGCUCCUGCAUCUGCCUCCCCAUAUGCAUCGGACACCACUCCCUGCUGCUUUGCCUAUAUCUCCCGCGCAUUGCCCCGUGCCCACGUCAAGGAGUAUUUCUACACCAGCAGCAAGUGCUCCAACCUUGCCGUCGUCUUUGUCACCCGAAAGAACCGCCAGGUGUGUGCCAACCCCGAGAAGAAGUGGGUUCGGGAGUACAUCAAUGCUCUGGAGAUGAGCUAGGACAGAGGG